AUGGCAGAUCCAACGAUCUCUUCAUCCUCAGGCCUAAACUCCAUUGUGUUGUUGAAAGACUCCAACUCAUCAGUGCAGGAAUUGGUGUAUUGGCAGAAGCCAAAGCAGUCAGUGCUAGUGUUUGGUGGCUCGAUGCUGGUGCUCAUAUCUCUAGCCAGGUUCAGUGUUAUCAGUGUUGUGUCCUACCUGUUCCUGGCCCUGCUCUGUGUCACCAUCACUUUCAGAGUCUACAAGUCAGUCGUGCACGCUGUACAGAAGUCCGACGAAGGACACCCUUUUAAAGUUCUGAUGGAAAGAGAUAUCCGCAUUUCACCGGACACAGCCCGCAGGUACAUGGACAUAUUUUUGGUGAAAUUAAACACUGCUCUCAUACAGACAAGAAGACUUGUGCUUGUAGAAGAUGUGGUGGAUUCACUGAAGCUUGCAGUUGUGAUGUGGUUUCUGACAUGUGUGGGGGCCGUCUUCAAUGGUAUCACAAUUUUAAUUCUAGCUGAUAUCAUCUUGUUCUGCACACCGCUACUGUAUGAGAGGAACAAAACCCAGAUUGAUGGUUAUUUGGUACGUGUGCAAUCUCGGCUUGAAGAGAAACUGGCAAAAUCCCUCGUGUUCAGGAGCUCAAACCUCUGGUGCAAACCAAUGAGACAGUACACAGAUCGGUACUGUUAUAGACCCAUCUUGUCCCUCAGACUGCAAGACAAACUCCCUGGUCCCGUCAAAUGGAGCAAAGCAGAAUGAUGGGUUUCUAUCAUCAGGAAAAACCUGAGCAUCCAUUGAAUUACAGUAUUCUUUAUAUAUUAGUAGAAAGAAGCCAUAGGCCUGUCUCUGCACUCCAGUCAUUUCAAGUUUCUGUUUAAUCAUUGAUGUUUGUAUGUACAGACAGACUAUAUGAACACUGCAUUCCAAUAUGUGCACAAUAAAUUGAGCUUUGAUUAA